CUAAUAUUAACAUUUAAGAUAUGGUCUAGGCACCCCUGCUCUGUCCUUUGUAUCAGCCCAAUAUAUUAGCUGUUCAAUCACAAGCUGCUGAUUAUCUCAGUACUGUAUUUGAUUCAAGACAACCUUAAUCAAGAUCAUUGAAGCCAGAUUAAUGGAGGGCACCAAUUCGUCGUCCCGGUCACAACACCCGCAGCUGCCACCCGGGUUCCGGUUCCACCCUACUGACGAAGAGCUAGUGGUCCACUACCUAAAGAAGAAGGCUGCAUCAGUUCCGCUACCUGUUACAAUUAUAGCUGAGAUUGAUCUAUACAAAUUUGAUCCAUGGGAGUUGCCAAGUAAGGCUACUUUUGGAGAGCAAGAGUGGUACUUUUUCAGUCCUAGAGACAGGAAAUACCCCAACGGUGCUAGGCCUAACAGAGCUGCAACUUCAGGGUAUUGGAAAGCUACCGGGACUGAUAAGCCUAUAUUAACAUCGAAUGGAGCUCAAAAGGUUGGUGUCAAAAAGGCCCUGGUUUUUUAUGGUGGGAAGCCACCGAAGGGGAUUAAAACCAAUUGGAUCAUGCAUGAAUAUCGCCUUAUCGAAAACAAUUCUAGCCCAAAGCCCCCUGCUGCUGAUUCUGCCAACAAGAAAGGCGGCUCUUUAAGGCUUGAUGAUUGGGUUCUAUGCCGGAUUUACAAGAAAAACAACUCUCAGAGACCGAUGGAUCAAAGAGACAAAGAGGAUUCAAUGGAGGGCAUGUUUGCUACACUGCAAAAUUCUAGCCACCGAAAUCCGAAACCCCCUUCAGCUUCAAAGCACACAGCUUAUGCAUCUUUACUUGUGAAUGAAGAUACCUUCUUUGAAGGGAUACUAACAGGAGAUGGCAUGCAAAAUGGUUCCAUUUCUCAAUUACCAUCUUCAAGCUCAAAGCCAAACAUGCCCAUGGCCCCAGUCUCCGCAAAUACUUUUACGGCGACACGCACCCUCCCUCCUCAUCAGUAUUGGAACGACGCUACAGGAUCACCAGUGGGGUUGGCUAAUUCAUCAGGGAAGCGCUUUCACGGUGAACUUAAUAGUGGUAUUACUGGAACUCAAGAGGAUAACACCUCCUUUGUUUCCAUGCUUAACCAGCUUCCACAGAGCACACCAAUGGUCCACCCAAGUAUUCUUCUUGAUGGUGUUUUGAGACAACCGUUUCAACUUUCUAGCUUGAAUUGGAACUCAUAAUUGGGUCAGCAGUUGAUGCACUUCAUGACUAUGCAUACACACAUACAUACAUACAUAUAUAUACACGCCAUACAUAUUAUGCACGUGCAAGAUAGGGGCGGGAGGUCAAGGAGAAUUGCAAGAGAAGUUCAAGAAUAUCUGCAAGGACAUUAAAUUCAUUAGAAGGCUUCUUUAUAGAAACCAUAACAACUAGCUAGGAUUUAGUACACAGGUAAGGCUGGUUAAUUAUGUCAAUUUUAGCAUAUUGUGUCAUACUUUGUUGUUACGCAGCGAGAUUACCAAAACACUGAGGAUCUUUAUCUAAGAAAUUAAUUGAUAAUGAAUCUAACGUUCAUAAA